GAUUGUGAUUGGCCAGUUUCAUCGCACUGUCUAUUCCACAAUCCUCAUUGGUCAUUUCCGGAGCAGCAUGAUUAAUGCGAGACGGAUUUGAUUUCGGCAAACACUUCUUAUAUCAGUUCUCCCCUCUACCUUUCAAGUAUCUGUUUAUUAUGCCAGUGAGUUAAGAGACCUGACCGGUGGACUAUCGGGGAUAUUUCGUCCCUGUGGUACAUAUUCUUCGAGACUCCUAUCGUCGACUCGACGCGUCUGGACGCGUUAAGUGGUUUCUCAACAAAACAUCUAUUCACUACAAGCAGAUCGGAAAUCUACUCAUUCAGGAUUGUUUUCAGCUCGAUACUAGGCUGGGUACAUCAACUAUCCGCCUCUCCAUCUCGGAGCCUUCCCACAUCAGACUUACGUCCAUAAGGAUUCCCAACACAAUGGAGAAAGACCAUACAUCAUCUACCGACACCGCCUUAUCAACGGCAAAUGUCAACACUGCAAAGAAUCAAACCAAGAAACUCAAAUCAGAAACUGCCGUUCUACAUAAACACAGCAUUUCCUCAAAAAUCAUCAAACGGUCUUCUCCAUCUCAGCCGUUCAAAACCCAUAAGAACCAGAAACACCAAUCCACAUCACCCAUUGCCCUUACCACCACUCUUCUGCUCUCUCCACCUACACUCUCCUCAAUAACCAAAUCCCUCCACCGCAUCUCUUCCCACCCCACUCUGACCCCUUACCGCCGUCUCGUCUACCGUACCCUUCUCUCCGUCCCUCCAGGCCGCUGGACCACAUACGCCGCGUUAUCCACACAUCUCAACUCCAGCGCACGUGCUAUCGGGAAUGCCAUGCGAACGAAUCCAUUCGCACCGGAUGUGCCGUGCCACCGGGUCCUGGCGACGGAUCGGACGAUUGGAGGGUACAAGGGAGCGUGGGGAAAUGGGGGGAGUUAUGCUGUGGAGAAGACGAAGUUGUUGAAAGGGGAAGGAGUCAUUUUUGAUGAUAAGGGAAGAGCGAUGGGGCAGUGUUUUGAGGAUUUUAAGGAUUUGGGAAAGGUUGAUUUGGGUCUGAAAGAGUAGAUGGGAGCUUCGGGAUGGGAUGGUGGGUUUGGAGCAGGAUGAUAAUUUCUGGGUCUCUGAGUUUCGUUUUGACAGGUGUUUGUUCUAUGCGCGCAAUCUGCUGUACACCAGAACUUAGGAUGCAUUUGCUGAUUACUUUUUGAUGUCUGAGGUUCAUACCCUGCGAGCAAUACUAGAGAUGUAAGAUUCGCAAGAGCUACCAGCAGGUCGAGUAUGGACAAAAUAUCCGCAACCGCUUGCAAGAGUGUUGAUACUGAGACACGGGGUAUAAGAAGCAAGACUUUUCUUAAGGUCGACGUUUAGAUAAGACUAGCCCCUACGGUUCUUAUAACCGGGUAUGGUAACUAUAAGACCAUCAAG